ACAGAGCAGCUGAGUCACUGGCUGAGCUGCAUGGUCGAGGCUUCACUCUGCACACGAGGGUCAGAGGUGAGGUUUCCUCUGUUAGCUCUGCUGUGGCGUGCAAACUCCAUCUCAUCCUUCCUCUGCCUGUUCGGUGCCUCUGUGUCGCUUUCUCUGAGGCAUGGACCUGCGUUCACCACUGGGAAGCCUUCUGUUAUUCCUCGGGCUAUGUGGGAUUUGUACAGGAUUUGUACAGGAGAACUGUACCAACUACAAGCUCCAGUUCGAGAGGGUUUUCUCUGUUCCCGGGGAUAUAGCUAUGCUCAACAGCACCCUGGUGUCUUCAGACGUCUUCAACUUCACAGCUGUUCCGUAUAACAUCACCUGGUACGACUUGAAGACGGACAGAGAGAUGAGCGAUCAAAUCGGUCGAAUCAUGGUGCGCGGGGAGACUCUGUGGUUUCUUAACGUAACGAUGGAGGACGAUGGGGAAUAUGAGACCAUAGUGAGAACUCCCACUUGGUGCUACAGGCAGGUCAGCAAGCUGGUGGUGGAUCGGCCAGUUGCUGGCGAGUGUGGAAGGCCAAAAAAAGCUGGCCAAACUCUUUCAAUGGGAGGCACUGACACCCUGUCCUGCCCUCUGAAGGAGUAUAUAAAUAAACUGGACAGCUACAAAAUCACUUACUCCAUCAAGUGGUACAAAGGUUGUGACCCCAUAGUGGAUGGGAUAGGCAAGUAUACCUACAGAGAUAAAACCAAACUGAAGAUUGACGGGUUGGAACCUCAAAACAGCAGCGCCUACACUUGUACUCUGACUUUCACUCUCGGUGGCAUCACAGGAUCCGUGUCGGAGACCAUUGACGCAUGGGUCAAAGAGGAUUACUGUUUGGCUCCGGAAGUACAUGAACCAGCCAAUGAGAUUAUCAAGGCAAAGAUGGGGUCCAGUUUCACCAAGCGGUGCUUAGUCUUUGUGCAGUGUGCUGGGAAGCCCUUCGUUGAUGUUGUUUGGUUGGUCAAAAAUGAUUUCAUUCUCAAUACCCACUCCUCUAACCGUGUCUACACGUCAGAACAGAGUUUGAGGAGGCAGGAUGCUCCACGGAAAGGUGUGUGGUUGGAGCGACUGUUGAUGUUUUCUGAGCUGAGGGAGGAGGAUUUCCACCUCAACUACACUUGUCGAGCAUACAGUGACAGAGGCCUUCCUGAGGAAUAUUUUACUCUGCUGCCAGAAGAUCCCAACAUCAUAUUUCCUGGAUGCAUGUUUGGUGGCGUGAUGGUUGUCUUUAUCAUCAGUGUCACCAUCUACUAUCUUUUUAAAGUUGACAUUAUACUGUGGUUCAGGAGAACGUUUCCAGUCUUCUAUACAAAUAAAGACUUGGAUGGAAAACUGUAUGAUGCCUAUGUUGCAUACCCACCACCAUGUGCUGAAGGAUACAGCAAGGAAGUGGAGAUCUUCGCCAUGAAAACACUGCCUCAAGUGUUGGAAAAGGCCUGCGGCUACAAAGUCUUUAUAGCAGGCCGGGACUGCCUGCCUGGCCAGGCCAUAGUGAAUUCGGUGGAAGACAACAUACAAGCCAGCCGCCGCCUCCUUCUGCUCUACACCGCCUCCACUUUCACCAGCAAAAGACACACAAGCAGCACUAGUAGCAAUAAUAACAACAACAUCACAAAGAGCAGUAAUAUCAACGACAACACCGGAAGCAAGACCAGAGACGACAGCAACUGUAUGAGUUCUGAUGAUAGUGAAGAUGUCUAUCUAGACACACGGCAGCAGUUGGAGUGUGUGGCAGCAAUGCACAGAGCGCUGCUGGAGGGAUCGCUCAAGGUGGUUCUGGUUGAGUUGGAAGAGAUCACCCCAGCUCAGAUGGCUCUCUUCCCAGAGUCAGUGCGUCACCUGAGGAAGAAGCAGGGCGCCGUGUGUUGGUGGAAGAACCUGAGGCAGAGGCAAAGGUGGAGGACAUGUAUGAGGUGGAGAGAGGUUGAGGAGAAGGGUGAACAGGACAUGCCUUCAUUACCAUCCCUCUCCCCAUCGUUAAGGUUUUGGAAGGAGAUGAGGUAUCAUAUGCCAGUGAGGGGCAAGAGGGCGGUGCACCCCGAGAAAACUGCCCUGCUGAACUUAUGAUGGUGUUACCACGUACAGUAUGUGUAAACUACUGGACCAGAGAGUAGUUGGUUUCCAAUGGAUAUGUUUAUGGUAACGAAGUUCCUCAAACACAAACAACUCGGAAAUACUGUGCUGUCACCAGAAGCUGUGAGGUACACAUGGUUGCACCACAGGUGCACCCCAACGCUUUCCUUUAAGCUUCCAAAAUGUGUAACUUCUCUCAAGUAGCACAUUUCUGAUAUUCUGAAAAGGUCCGUAACUGUACCAUGUACAGCAUGUGCUGAAGGCACUGUCACUGAUCAGUAAAGGGUGGAAGAUGCUUUGCUCAAAAACUCAACGUCAGUAGCUCACACCACGUGUCUGGGCCAUCCUGAGACUGCCUGCCUUGCACAUGAACUGCUGACAUUCUCUGGCAGGUGGAGACUGAAGAAUUUGUGGACACAGAAAAACUGAUGAAACCAAAUGAAAAUGUAUAAAAUGUACAUAUGUAUGAUGAAAAGUGUAAAUAUGUAAAUAAAUAAACUAAUAAUUUCUAGAAGGGCUGAGCGAUAUGUUAAAAUUUCCAAUUGGCCACUGUCAGUCCAACAAUCAGCAGUUGUUGACAUAUUCACGCAGGUGUGUGUCAGCCUUGGGCUCGGCAAUAUGGAAAAAAAAGAUGAACACAAUAUUAUUUUUUGAUAAUUAGGAAUAUCAACAUUUAUCACAAUAUAUCAUUUGAUAAUGCUGCCAGUUUGAAGAGUAUCCUGAUAAUGACUGAAGCUUGAGGAAACCGGAAGGUUCAUUAGUUAAACUUAAGGAUAUAAUUUAUUAACAUAAAAAAAAAAGAAAUAACCUAACAUAAAUACUAGUGUUAAUGAAAGAAAGUGGAGGAAGACUCACAGUUCACUGUAAUAUAUACAAAGAAGCCAUGACUGAUGUAAGGGUAUCAAAAACUCACGGUACGACAAUACCUUGAUAAAAAGUCCAUGACCUGAAAAAAUGCCCUUUAUAAAUAAAUGUGUACAGCAUUUUUUAUUUUGAUUCUUUUAACUUAAAGUGCUUCUGCUUUCCUUUAAUAAAAUAAAAGACAGCCAUAAACUAAUAUGCAAAAAAUUGCCAUGAAUUGAGUUUAGCAAAGAAUGAUUGAACCAAGUACAAUUUCAAAACAAAAAAAUGCAGCAGUCAGUAGCAGUCCUUUUAUAAAAUAAUUCAAAGAGCUGUUGUAUUGGGUGACCACAUCCAUGAUCAGGUGUCAGCUCAGCUGUGGCAGUUGAAGUUCAGUGAAAAAACACUGCUACAUGCGGCCCACAUUAAAACCAACUUUUUUAUUGUGUGCAAAACACUGUGUGUGGGGCCAGUCCGGCCUCUCUCACCGCUACAUCAAUAUUUCAUGCAUAGUCUGUAACGACAGCAAUACCUUGACGAUUGUUUUUGUUCUUCCUGUUGAACACCCACUCUGUAGAUUUCUAAACCUCAGCUAUGUGAAGUGCAGUGUGUGAUUGGAAAUGAGGCCACGUUUGUAGGACAAAACUUUUAAUUUCCCAUUCGCUGGUCAUAACAUGACCUGUGAAUGUAACAUAGCGUUAGCUCUGACUUGCUUGUGAAGUCCACCCAUCUGCGGUUAUUGAGAUGCACUCUGCUUCUUUGAGGCUCUGUGUCACUUUAGCUUCGUCUCUUGGUACAGAGCUGCUAUCACUGUACAACUUAAGUGUGGCCAUGAUGAAAUUGUAUACAUGUGUACUCCAGCGUCUUUACUAACCUCUGAAAUCCAUCAUUGUUGACCACAUAAAAUUGCCUUAAGUCUUUGGUUAUAUUCACUGAUGCAUCUUGUUAUUUCUUCAUCUCUUAGACUAUUAUGGGGACACGGGGCUAAAAAUGCUUCAUUCAGGCUCCUUUGGCUUGGCUGAAGCUUGUCCUCCGUGUCCGUGUGGUGAUUUGAGCUUUUCUGGGUGGCAGUGUGCCACAUGGCUUCUCAUGUUUCAUGUGUUUCCCGUAGAGUAGCUGACCGUCAUCCAGCAGCAUUUGGAAAUUGUUUUGCAUUUGUCAGUUUCCUAUUUGCCAUUGUCAGUUCUUGACAAGGGAAAGCGCUGCCAGCAUUUCAGCUCUAAAAGUAACAUCCCUACUACCUGUAACAAAGCCACACAUCUGGCAAGAAAGGAUUACUUUUCCAAGAUUAUUACAGAGAAUGCUGCGAACUCUAGAGUAUCAUUCUCCACUACUGACCAGCUACUCGACACUGCCCCACCCAGCCACAGUUCUCUACAUCAAACUGUGAAGAACCUGCACUGUUCUUCAAUAACAAAAUAACCUCAAUCAGAGCCAGCAUUGCUACUGAUGUGAACACAGAUUACCUCAACAAACCCUGUAAAACAGAUGUAACCAUGGGAAGAUUCAUCUGUAUUACAUUAACUGAGCUCUGCAACAUUGUCACUGAGUCUAACUCCUCAUGUGUUGACCCUACUGAUCAUUUUUAAAGCAGGUGCUUGAAAGUGUUUCAAAUCUUGUCCUAAAGAUUAUAAAUACAAAACCAACCUAGAUAGUAAUGCACUCACCAACUAUGGGCCAAUGUCCAACCUUCCAUUCGUCAGUUAGAUACUAGAAAAUGAACUCCUUUCUUUAAGAAAAUAAAAUUUUGGAGGAACUGCAGUCAGACUUCAAAACAGACCACAGCACUAAAACUGCUCUGACUGAAAUAAUCAUCAAACUCAGACUAAAUUCAGAUGAAAAUAAGCUCCCAGUUCUUGUCCUCUUGGACCUCACUGCAGCGUUUGAUAAGAUUGACCAUGAUAUCUGAAUCAAUCAUCCUGAACAGUUGGCUGGUCUUUCUCUGUGUUAAACUGGUUUAAAACAAACAUCGAAAAGAAAAAGUUUUACGUCAGUCUUGGAGAUCAUGUGUCUGAGAAAGAUCACAUCUGUUUAGGGGUUGCACAAGGCAGCUGCCUCGGCCCAUUACUGUUCUCAUUACACAGGCUGCCACUUGGUGACAUCAUUAGAGAGCACAAUGUGUGUUUCCACAGUUAUGCAGAUGCAUUUCCGAUACCAGCCUGAAACUGUUGUGCUUUGCCUCGCACUUAUGCACUGCUGCACUUCUUUUACAUUGUUGUGUUUUACUUGAUUUCAUGCAUUCUAUGGAAUCUAUUUUACCUCUAUUUUAUUCCGUGGUUUAUUUUCCAUUUCAUGUUAUGCAUUGUCUUUAUUUUCAUCCUGAUUAUAUCUAACUUUUACUAACUUUUCACUUUUAUUAUUAUCAGGUGGGUUUUUUUCACCAUCUUAUUUUCACACUCUUUAUCCCUGUUUUAUGUCCGUUCUGUCUUUUCUAUGUGAAACACUCACUUGGUGCAUGUCAUUUCUUUGCUGUAAAGCAAUUUGAGCUGCAAUUUCUGUAUGAAAGGUGCUAUGAAAAUAAAGUUCAUUA